AUCAGUAAUAAAAGCUACAAAAACAAAACCGGCCCAAAAGGUCCAAAACCCCCCACAAGAAACACCCAGGACCCUUUAUAGCAAAACCAAGCUCCCUUAUUUUCAACCAAAACCGCUCUCUGGAGAACUCCGAGAGCAACUUCCUCCAAAAGUUUCCAAACCCCCUCUAAAACCUUUCACGGUGUGAUCAAAUCUCCCAUCUCAAAAAAUGGGUUUGCCCACCAAGCUAUCUCCUUUCAUGUGCUCUGCUCUGCUUUUCUACACAGUUUUUGCUUCCUUUCCCUUUGCCAUCACUUCUGCUGAUUUCACAAACUUGGUUUACAAGGGCUGUGCAAGCCAAAAGUUCCAGGACCCAAGUUCUUCACAAGCCCUCAAAUCCCUCUUCGAUUCUCUGGUCUCACAAUCUUCACAAAAGACUUUCUUUUCAACCACUUCUGGUGAAGGCCAAAAUGCCAUCUCAGGCCUGUAUCAAUGCAGGGGAGACCUCACCACCUCCCAGUGUAACAGCUGUGUGAAAAAGAUCCCAACUUUGGCCAGCAAAUUCUGUGGAGAAGUCGUAGCAGCUAGAGUUCAGCUCAGUGGGUGUUACUUGCGCUAUGAGAUUGCUGGGUUCAAGCAGGUUUCUGGAACAGAGCUUUUGUUCAAGAUCUGUAAGUCAGAUCAGGCAAGUGGAAGCAGUGGGUUUGAGGGGAAGAGAGACUCGGCUUUUGCUAUGGUGGAGAAUGGGAUGAAGAAUGGAACUGGUGGGUUGUUUUAUGCUGGGACAUAUCAGUCUGUGUACGUUUUGGGGCAGUGUGAAGGUGAUUUGGGCACUGGGGAUUGUGGGGAUUGUGUGAAAAGUGCUGAUCAGAAGGCUAAGACUGAGUGUGGUGAUUCAAUUUCUGGGCAGAUAUAUCUUCAAAAGUGCUAUAUUAACUACAGCUAUUACCCUAAUGGUGUUCCAAGCAUAACUUCAUCAUCAGGGACUGUAGGGUCUAGGCAUCAUACACAGAGGACAGUAGCUAUUGCAGUGGGAGGAUUGGCAGCUUUUGGGUUUUUAGUGGUUUGCUUGAUGUUUGUUCGGCAGCUCAUGAAGAAACACAGUGGUAAGCAUGGAGAUUAUUACUAUUGAAGAUUUGAAUGCUUCUCAAUCAAGACAAGUAAACAUUUUGUACAGCUACUAUAGUGGAGAGAAGGCCAAUGAUUUAGUGCAGAUUAUUGAGGGCAUGAGAUGGGUUUUGAAGAUUGAACUGCUUUUUCAGAUGGGUUGUAUUGAGAUUUAGGGAUCAACUUUUGAUCUGAUCAGAAAGAAAGUUAGUAUGCACUUACUCAAAUACACACAAACUUUUGUUGGAGUUUUGUUUUAUGUACUUGCCCGCAUAUGGAUCCUCAAUAUUAUACUUUUUAGCUUUUGAUUUCA